CUGACCGUGAAUAUUUCCUCACUUGCAAUCACAAUCUUUGAGCAUCCUGAAACCUAAAUUGUCGCUCCGGACACGCUCUCUAGACCCUUGAUACGUGACCGUAUCAGCCUACUCCACAGUUAUUACCUUUGACCCCAUCUGCAUCAUAGUGCCCUUCUCUGGACCCAUCUCACAAAGCGCUCGACCCAGCAUUCACGACAGCAAGAUGACAACAGCUCAGGCACUCCUGCAACAGAAGCUGACUAUCACACCCAAAAAAGCCUCUCUCCUCAUGCAGGCUGGUUUCAGCGAUUAUCGCGAACUUAAAUAUGCCACGCCGAACGGGAUAGUCGAGCAGUUCACAUCAAAAUUCGGUAUCCCAAAGACAUCCGCCUCCGCUUAUCGGCGUGCAUGUCGCAGGCUGGUCUUUCUCGGAACACAAGAUGAUCCGGAAGAGCAAGAGAAGAUUUGCGCAGAUUGGACCAACAAAGCCCUAGCCGCUCGUGGAAUUUGGAGGGCGGACUUUGAUGAUCUGACGGGCGAGCAGAUUGCCGAGUUGCUUAUGGGUACGGCAGAAUGAUAUGCUUCUGGAGGUUGGACGGCUGCGUCACUUCAAAAUCAGAUAGCGUACUAUUUGGACUGUGGCCAUAUUGUCCUCGACAGAAUUAUUGUCUUGAAAUGCUUUGGGGUUAAGAUGCACUGUCCUGUACCCGCCAAGCUAAUGCCCUUUCUGAUCUUCUAGGCAAGAAUUGAAUAGUCUGGCUAAUAUUACCAUCUUGCACCUUAACUUGAUAUAUCUCGUUCACAUUCUCAACGCAAUUAGAAGGUCUCGAUGCUUCCAAG